AUGGCCCCCGUCACCCCCCACUGGCGGCAGCCCUCCCACGCUGACAUCCAGGAGGUUCUCGUCAACCAGACAGACUUCACCUCCAGGAGCCUCUCCAAAAUAGCUCUCGCUCCCUUUGCCGUCUACGCGAAGCUCAGACUCCCUCCCUGUCAUGCUACCCGGGAGCCGACCUACGCGACGGUUCAGAUCGGCAGGGACAGGCACAUGAGCCUCAACAGCGACCUGCUGUACAUCAACCACUCCUGCGAGCCCUCACUCAUAUUUGACACGGGCAGCAUGAGCAUCCUCGCAGGGCCAAAAGGUCUCCGACAUGGCGACGAGCUUACAUACUUCUACCCAUCUACCGAAUGGCACAUGGCCCAGCCGUUUUCUUGUCAUUGCGGCACGCCCGCUUGCCGUGGUACCAUCAGUGGAGCUCGAGACAUGACGGCGGAACAGCUCGAGGGUCAUUGGCUGAGCGGCCAUAUUCGCGACCUGCUUGCCGAGCAGCAGCAGAAGACCGCCACGGACGCCCACGGCUGCGAUCCAACCGUCGACGCUCUACGUGAGGCGUUGGCGGAGGCAGAAAAGGUGGUCGAAUCGGUUAGCCUGGCCUUGCGCACCUACCUCGAUGCUUCGACGCAGGCAUCCGGCGACGCCGACGGCAGGGUUGGCGGAGGAUUCGAGGUCGAUGACGUCUCGACCAAGGCGAACGCAUUGAACACCCGCGGGCCGACAUGGAGGGAACGGAGCGGCGAGAUGGGCGGUGACACUGCCAUCGCCUAG